AUGGGAAGGUUUUCCUUUACGUCCACUCUCCGGAUGCCUUCGGGCUACGAGAUUCCCGUAUUAGGAUAUGGCGUAUACCAGACUCCUGCCAACGUCGCAGCAGAGGUCGUCGAGCAUGCUAUGAAGGUGGGAUACCGCCACGUCGACUCUGCAGUAGCGUAUCGCAAUGAAGCGCCAUCAGCCGAGGGCAUCACGAACUCUGGAAUUCCACGGGAGCAGAUCUUCUUCACCACCAAGAUACCACCGAAGGACAUGAGCUACGAGAACGCCAAGAAGCAUGUGGACAACUCGCUCAGAGAGACUGGAUUUGACUACGUCGAUCUCUAUCUUCUACACUCGCCGUACGGCGGAAAGACCAAUCGCCUUGGUGCUUGGAAGGCGCUCGUAGAAGGCGUUGAGGCAGGGAAGAUCCGGAGUAUUGGCGUAAGCAACUACGGCGUGCAUCACCUUGACGAGCUUGAGGAGUACAUCAAAAGUACGGAUGAGAAGGAUGGUAAGGGUAAAGGGGGCAUCUUGAGUGUCAAUCAGGUGGAGCUCCAUCCAUGGCUUGCGAGAAAAGACAUUGUCGAUUGGUGUGACAAGAGAGGGGUCAUUCUGGAAGCUUACUGCCCCAUCGUGCGUGCCACAAAGGCAGAAGACCCGCUCCUCCUGCCACUCGCAAAGAAAUACGGCAAAACGACGAGCCAGAUCUUGUUGCGUUGGAGUUUGCAAAUGGGCUUCGUACCACUGCCCAAGUCCGUGACGAAAUCACGUAUCGAAGAGAACGCCCAACUCUACGACUUCGAGCUUUCAGCUGAAGACAUGAAGAGUCUAGAUACCGGGGUAUAUGAGCCUUGCGCAUGGGAUCCUACGGUCAGCCGUGAUUAA